AUGAUGGGAAAGAGGAUGCAUCAUAACAGCAAAGGACGACUAGCUAGCAAAGGCCAUGAUAAUGGAAAACCAUCAAGUCCAGGUAUAUCACCCUACACCAAGCCUUCUAAAAUACCAGGAGUUAUGUCAGUUGGUAAAACCAAGGUAGAAAUGUGCCCUAUACCGUACAUUAAAAUCCAAGACAACGCUGUCCACCUACCUCGAUUCACAGCGAUUGCAGCCAGGCCCAAUGACGAACUGAUUGGCAUGGAUGAGUUAGACUCUCUUCAGCUGGAACUAGAAUCUCUUUUGUGCAAUACUGCCCUACGUGUUAGAUACUUUCAAUCUGAAAUAGAAAGUAUAGACACUAAUGAGUCUAAGAGAGAAAAGAAAGGAAAAGCUGCUGGUAAACAAUUGCAGUAUCCUGGUAAAAGAAAGUUUCAAGAUGAUAAAGUAGUGAAAACCAGAGAUUACAAUUCUAGAUUCACUAAUCAGCCCAAAGUGCCUAAGUUUAAAAAUUUAUCAAAUGCUUCUGGAGGAUCUCAAAACUGUGCCAAUGAUGCUGAUAACUCAGUGAAAUUGGAACUGCCACAAUUAGCUCUGCCAAAGAAUAACAUUCCUUACAAAUUUUGGAGUUCCGUAGAUCCAUAUUGUGCACCUGUAACAUUAGAUGAUAUUAAGUUUUUAGAAUCUUUAUUGGCUCAGAGUAGCAACAGUACAUUACCACCGAUACCGCCUCUUGGUCGACAUUAUUCUGAAGUUUGGGCAGAUGAACACCUUGCUGAAGAUCAAAACGCUUCUAAUCCAAAUAAACAAAAAUCAUCCAUGUCUCCUGAAACUUCCAGUGUUCGUAAGAAACUUGAGAAAACAAAUGAGAAUAUAAUUACAGGACCAUUAACACAAAGACUUGUCUCUGCUCUCAUGGAAGAAAAUUUGAUGAAUUAUGAAGUGCCUGAUAUUAAAGUUAAUAAGCAGAUUACUAACACAAAAAGUAGCUAUAAGAACUCACUGACUUUGGAAAAAUGUCUUCGAAAAGAGCUUGUGGAGCAAGGUAUUUUAGACCCAGAAGACCUGCCACCUCUAACCAAUCCAGCAGAUGAUGAAAUAUUGGCUGAAAUAAAAAAAUGCCAGACUGAAUUGACUGCAGUAAAAAAAGAUAACUGCCGUAAUUUGAAACACCUCAUUGGAUUAUGUAAACAAGAAAUGAUUAGACUGAAUCUGAAGAAACAAUUAGAUCAAGUUGAUAUGGAAUGUAUGGAAAUCUAUAAGAAAAUGGCAGCAGCUAAACAGAAAAAGAGACCUAUCACUAAGAAAGAAAAAGAAGAUGCUUGGCGAGCAAUAAAUGAGCAGAUAAGGCUUAACAAAGAAAUUAAUGCUUUGCCACUGACUGGUCCAAACUCAAACUAA